AUGGUUUCUAAUGAUGAGAGAAGACUGUCAGAGAUUAUGCACGAGCUAGAUUCUAAAGAGGGCAAUUCCUCUUUAGAGACGCUCGACCUAGGUGACAACGACAUGGGGCCCAAAGGUGCCGAGUACAUUGCAGACAUGCUCCAGGAAAACAAUUUCGUCAAACACAUUAAUACGGAGUUCAACAAUCUAGGGAUUCAUGGCGUAAAACAUCUAGUGGAUCUCAUAAAACAGCAGGACUCGGUGACCAGUCUUAAUAUCUCAGGAAACGGCUUGCGAGAGUGUGACGCUGAAGUUAUCCGCCCACUGAUUGAGGACACGUUGAACCUGAAGCACCUGAGUCUAGCGCACAACCAGUUGCGGGAGGCCGGCGGCGAGGUGAUCGGGGAGGCGCUUGUAUGGAACGACACCAUGGAGACGCUUGACCUCUCAUGGAAUCACCUCCGGCGGGAAGGAGCCGUCUUUGUGGCCGACGGGCUCGCGGAAAACACGUGUUUAAAGAAGCUUAAUCUCGCCUGGAAUGGUUUCUACCUGGACGGAUGUAAGGCGCUUGCACGUGCGCUCGAGGAAAACAAGACUUUGAUCGAGCUCGACCUCACGUGCAAUCGAAUCAGUAAGGAGUGCCUGGAGAAACUGAUGGGAGGCUUGAGGAAGAACUCCACGCUGGAAAUACUCAGAUUAGGCUGGAAUCCUAUAACUCCAGCCGGUGCCAUGAUGUUACUACAGUUCAUUAAAGACACGAAAAAUCUUGCCAUCAAAGAGCUGGAUCUCACAGACCAACUAGUCGAGCCCGCAUUUAUUGCUCUCCUUGGGGAGCUAGAGGUUAUGAAGGAAAUCAAAGUGGUUUAUGGACAGGUGCUGGGCCAAGACAAGCGGGGUGACGACGACGACGAGAAGCAGUUAAUGGACGAGAAUCCGAUCAUCGUCCUCAUUGAGUUCGGCAAGCUGAUGGGUUUCCGGCUCAUGGACCUCUUUGCCGCGCUCGACAAGGACGGCAGCAAGUCUCUCGAUCACGAAGAGAUCCGCAAUGGACUCCGGAUGGUGAACAUUCCUCUCAGCGACAAGUGUAUCGAGAUGCUCAUUAACAAACUAGACGUCGAUGGUGAUGGAGAAAUCGACUUUGGUUACUCGCAGAGUAUUUAUUUAGAACUGAUGGCUGCGCAGACAGAACACAGAAAGAAGAUGAGCAAGUUCUACGCGGCCCAAGAAGGCGAUGUUGACAUAGAGGACACGGAGAUUGGCCGAGUGCGCAUCAAGCUCUCGCGACUCAUGGCGAAAAAGAUGUCAGGAAAUCCGGCUUUCAAACGUCAGUCAAAAUUACUUUUGGAACAGAUGGGGUUACUGGAUCCAUCAUUACCACCACCAACAUAAUGAGAGGAAACUCUGUUCGAUGCUAUUUUUUUUUGUUACACGUUUUUAUUUGUGUAUACUGCACACAUACAACGCAUAUAGAAACAUAUUUUAGUUAUAAAUCGCAUAUCAGAGAAAUCAUUAAAUGGUGAAAACAAAAUGGUGGGCAUGCAUUGUUUAUACAACAAAUAAACAAACUAUGUUGUACAUGGUGUAAAAUCGACGAAACA